AUGAUUUCUCACAAUGAAGUCUUGGGAAUUAUCUGCCUGAAUCUUAUUGCUCUUGGAAUCCUGGGGAACUCUUUCCUUCUUUACCUAUAUGGCCAUGAAUCUAUCACUGGUCACAGAAUAAAACCUAUGAACAUGAUUGUCAUCCACAUCGCCUUUUCCAAUUCCAUGUUGAUUCUUUUUGGAGGAGUUCCCAAGAUAAUGCAGAUCUGGGUAUUUAAAUCUUUCCUAGGUUGUUCUGAGAUUAAAAUCAUAACUUACCUCAUAAGAAUGGCCCGGGGCCUUUCCCUCUGUAGCACAUGCCUCCUCAGUGUCUCCCAGGCCAUUACCAUCAGUCCCUAUAGUCCCAUGUGGGCAGGGCUCAAAGUCAGAGCCCCAAAAUGCACUCUUCCCUGCUGUUUCCUCUGCUGGGCUCUCAAUCUACUGAUAGCAGUCUUCAUUCCUAUGUAUGUGACCUGCCCAAAAAAUAGCACCAAAGAGAGGAGGAAUAUUUGGUAUAGCUCUUUGGACUUAAAUGCUAUAAAUACUAUAAGAAUUGCAAUCUGGAAGUCUGUUUAUGAUGGUGUAUUUGUGGGUCUCAUGACCAUUACCAGCAGCUACAUGAUGCUCAUCUUAUAUAGACACCACCAAAAGGUCCAGUACCUUCACCGAACAAACAUGUCCCUCAGGGCCUCCCCAGAGGUCAGAGCCACCAAAGCCAUUCUGAUACUGAUGAUCUCAUUUGUCUGCUUCACAACAAUCAGUUCCCCUUUUAGUGUUUAUAUGGUAUAUUCUGAAGAAACUAAACACUGGCUGAUACAUGGCAUCAUCAUUCUGUCCCUGUGUUAUCCUGCAGUAAGCCCCUUUAUACUGAUCAGUAGUGACACUCAGAUUACCUGGGCCUGCCAUGCCUUCUGA